AUGUCGGUCUUAGGGUUUGUCACUGGCAACAAAAAUACUCAGACGAACACAUAUUCUUCCCGAAGAGGUCUGACAGCUAGUAAUAUAUCCUCCAUUUCGUCAACAUGGAAGAAUGCAUCCAACACCACCUCAGACGAUAUCUUCCGUCAUCUUACCAUCAAACAGAUCCAAGCUCUUGGAAGAGAGUAUAGUGAUAAUAUCGCUGUUGCAAAAAAGGAUAUACACACACUUGUGGGCAGCAAAUAUAGGGACUUGAUCGAAAUUGCUGAGGAUAUCGACAAAAUGCACGGCCAAACUGUCACCAUAGAUCAGAAGAUUGCAGACUUGUCGUAUCAAAACUCGACAUUUGUGUCCUUUAGUGGGAAUGACUACGCGUAUGCAAAGUUCGACUCGCUAGUGAGAAAGAACGAGGCUUCAGAAGUCAGAAAGAACGCAUCUUCAACGAUACUCAAGAACUUGGUGAAUACUUCGUUGAUCUCGUUCAACCUAAAAUUGAGUGGUGUGAACUUGGUACACUCUGCUAGUUGCAUUCAUUAUGCCAAGUUUUAUUACUCGAUAGAGGAGACAUUCAAACAUGAGUUAGAACCAGAUUAUGAGCUCAAGAAGACGUUAGCGGUGUUGAAGAACAACUUCAAUUCAUACUUGGAGAAUCACUUAUCGAGCUACGUCUCUGGGGAAAAGCAAUUGACCACCAGUAGCAUCUUCAGCAGAAACAAAGUCAAUAGCAGCAUGAAUAGGGAUAAGUCAACGCAAGGUGUUGAGGAUGACGACGAGUACAAUAAUUCCGAUUUUGAAGAAUCAUAUACGGAUGAUUUUGAAGAAGGUGAGGAAACAGGGGAAUUGUUGAAAGAUGGAGAAUACACCGGGGAUGAUGACUCCAACGUGAAUUACAACUUUAGGACUGGUACUUCCAUAGAGAAUUACCUCUUUGCAUACAUAAUUCUCAACAGCAACAAUCCUGAAUUGAACUCUAUGAGUAAAAUAGUGGAGAGUUUUACCCUGUUAAGAUGUAACUUCCUUUCAUCUGUCAUGGCAGAUAUGGAAUCCAUAAAAUACCCUAUGGAAGAAUUAAAGAUCAAUUUCUUGAAUAUUUUGAGGUUCAUUGAGAUAACCUUCGAGCUUUCCAGGAAAUACUUUGAUCCUACUAACAACACUCGCUUUAUUCAUUCAUUGCAUCAAAUAACACAGCAUUGGAAUGCUUCAGACGUUUUGGGAUUCCACAAUUGGUUUGAAAACGAGACUGUCAUUUUCCCCAAGCAACACAUAGACACCAAUGAGCCUGAAUAUAAAGAAUCUCGUGUUAAUUUGAACAAAUUCAAUAUGAUAUUGUACUCCUUCACUCAAGAAGUAAUUCACAAGGGUAAUCUCGAUUCUUGUAUUCACAAAUUUGGCAAUUUAGUUGCUGGGUUGAAAAAACUAGAAUCAAUCUUCAGCGAAGACGAAGAUUCCACACAACCAGUAAUAAUCCAGCAACUCGUAGAGGAGGGCACUCUCAUUAAGCUACUUGAAGAAUUGACUACUCAGAUAGUUGAGAAGUAUUCUGAGCAUUUUGAUCUAUUGGUGAAUGAAGAUAAAGACAUUAAGACAAUAAUGACUACUAUCAAAUACAGCAAAUCCUACAAACCAACGGGAGCAACGAACUCUAAGGCGGAUUUGUUUUCCAAAGAGCUCAUUGACAUACUUGAAAAUGAUAUUGAUAAGUAUAUGGACACUAUAUCUUUAAUGUCUUCAGUCGGUAGCGAAUCAGUAGCUGUAGAUAUCAAACUGUGGUUUGAUAAAUUCAAAGAAUACAAUCACUUUGUUCGCAGGUUUAGUGAUACUAUAGGCAGAAAGUUUCUUACUACUUGGGACGGUUUCACAGACGAAAGUACUCAGACAAAGUUGAAAGAUGUUGAGAAACAAGUACUGGAAUCCUUCUGGAAGAGAAUUGCAGAGUGUGUAUCAGAAUUAAGCAACGUUGAAAAACUGCAUGAAAAAAGCUUACAUUCUUGGUACUAUGUCUUGAAUAUAAUUAUUCGUUUCAAGGACAAUAUACUUAAUCUUGAAGUUAAGGAAAGAGAAGAAGAUAACCUCCACGAAUGUAUUAAAAAUUUUGAUAGUGUCUGCAACAAGUUGUUGACCGAAGUUAUACAAUACAUACCAAGCAUACAGGAAAAUGGAAAGUCCUUUGCUGAAUUGACACAGGAAAUAGGUGAAGUUAACGAAGUAGAAGAAGGUGAGGGUGAACAGGACGAAGGAGAUAAUGAGAUUCCUACGAGACCCAACUUCAAGUUGGUGUCCAUUUUCCAUAACUUAUCAACAAAAUAUAUUUCCACGUCUGGCGAGUCCUCAGGUUACAUGUCUGGUAGAAUAUUCCUCGAGCCUCACGCUAAGGAUCUUUUCAUUAAAUUAAAAAAUGAUUGGAUCAAGGAUAUAGCUAAGGAUCUUUCCAAAAAAAUCACUGAAAUAUCGAAAGAACAAGCCAAACUCGAGAUUUUUGCAAAUGUUUCAUACCUAUUGGAAUUUGUUGAUAAUGGAGAUGCUGAGAGUAUAGUACUGGAACUAGCCAGUACAGCAAACAUAGACGACGAAUCCGUCAGAAUAAUCCGCAAAGGAGUUUCUGACUUCUACAAAUCAAAUCUGGUGUUGUUCAUACCACUACUGAUAUAA